AGAGAGAGAGAGAGAGAGAGAGACAGAGCAAGAUAUUCAGGUCGGUGACCAAGCUCGCAAAGACAGAAUGGCGAGUAGUAGGUGGCUUCGGUUUUCCCUCCUCUUCCUGGGGGUCUUUUCCCUGUACUGUGCAACGUCGGCUGAUAACAGCGGCGUGAAAAAGAUGAAGAUGCAAUUUGCUACUGGACCUCUUCUUAAAUUUCAAAUCUGUAUUUCCUGAGGGUAUAAGCGGGUGUUUGAGGAGUACAUGCAGGCCUUGAACCAGCGGUAUCCGGACAUCCGCAUUGAGGGAGAGAACUACCUUCCAAUGCCCCUCUAUCGACACAUUGCUACAUUCCUGUCCACAUUUAAGCUGGUGGUGAUUGGGCUUAUUAUAAUCGGGAAAGACCCAUUCGCUCUCUUGGGUAUGCAAGCCCCUGGCGUGUGGACUUGGGGACAGGAGAAUAAGAUAUAUGCCUGCAUGAUGGUGUUUUUCUUCAGCAACAUGAUUGAAAACCAAAUGAUGUCGACAGGAGCCUUUGAAAUCACGUUGAACGACGUGCCGGUGUGGUCUAAGCUGGAGUCCGGCCAACUGCCCUCCAUGCAGCAGCUGGUUCAGAUCCUGGAGAACGAGAUGAAGAUGAACGUUCACAUGGACACACUGUCGCCACACCGCUCCUAGCCACGCCCCGCAGCGGCCAGAGCCACGGACCCCUCCAUGUUUCGAGGUGGGUUUCUCGUCGGGCUGUGAAGCGUGGGUUUAUGAAGGUCUGCGCUGAAGGCAGGAAUACUGCAAGCACAGACUGGAUGUCCCCCAUCGCUCCUCACUACGCCCCCAAGAGACGCCUUGCCCCUGACGCCAGAGUGGUAUCCGUGGCAACCACGCCACUAACCCUACCCAGUCCCCCCGUCAUCAUGUUGUACUAUUAGUAUUACUGCAGAGUUCAUCUUAGGCGCUGUAAACCACCGAUUAGGCGCCUAUAGCAUCCCAUGAAAAUCUGUGGUAGAGCAAGUUAAUUUAACAAAAAUUCUAACUGUCGAAUGACUGAUCCAUGCGUCGUCAUUUGUACCGCCUUUUUUUUAACUUGUAAUUUAAUUUUUUUCUAAAUUAAGCUACGUUCUUACAGGAAAUACAUCUCCAAUUCUAACUAAUUAUGACACAAUUAACAUUGGAAAUUGUUUUCUUGUUUUGAUCUGUGAAUUCUGUUUUAUAUAUUUGCAUAACUCUUAAGAUGUUGACAAUAAAAGAUAUAGUAAUUUA